ACCUUGUUCUUUGUUCUUUGUUCUUUGAAAAGUCAGCUCGAGCGCGGUGGUGAGCAAAUGUCGGACGUUGAGCUGGCUCGCCCAGACCAGUCCAACCGGCCACCGCCCACCCACCGUCCAUGGCGCAACUGGACUGCGUUCUUCCUCAUGGGCAUGAUCAACAAUCUCGGCUAUGUGAUUGUCAACGCCGCUGCCAAGUCCAUCGCCGACUCGUUCGACGAGGACAACCUCAUUGGCGCCGUGCCGUGGGCCAACGUUGCGUUUGGCUUUGUCGCGCGUGGACUGAACGGAGCCUUCAUGAAGCACACGUCGCGGCGCUCGUACGCAGCACGCGUCUGGCUCAACGCGGCAUUCAUGGUCGUCGGGCUGAUUGCGCUGGCGUUUGCGCCGUCGUUCGGACUGGCACUCGCUGCCAUCUGCGUUGUCGGCAUGAGCUCGUCCUUUGGCGAGAGUGUCAUCCUGGGGUAUCUCAGAUUCUUCAAGAGCGAGCUUGUCAACUCGUGGUCGUCUGGCACUGGGUUUGCUGGCAUUGCGGGUACCCUCACGUACAUCUUGUUCAGUUACCUUGGCUUGUCCAACCGAGACACGUUUCUGAUUACCCUGCCGUCCAUCCUCAUCUACCUGGGCGCGUUCUUUUUCGUGCUCGUCCCUCCGUCAAAGCUUGCAUCCACACUGUCUGAAUCCUCGAACGUUGAGCCGAGCGAUCCGACGAUGACAGCUCCCGACGCCAUCGUCCCUUCCGCAUCAUCGACCUCCACCGCGUCCUCCGCGUCCACCUCGUCCGCCGGUACAAAGCGCAAGCCAUCUCGACGAAAGCGCACCUCAAAGAACAGCGAAAAGCAGCAGCUGCUCGACGACGACGCUCGGCAAAGCGAUUCCGACGACGACGGCGAUGCUGAUGCUGACGAGCCGCUGGCGCCUGGACGCGACCGUGGCGCAAGUCACACGAGCUACAGCAGCACCACAGCGACGGGCAUUCUCCCUGGCGCGUCGGCACAGUCGGUGAACGCAGAUCCGGACGGCGGGCUCAGCCUUCCUCCUCGCGAAACCUGGUUUGCGCAGUACUGGCGCUGCACCAAGAUGGUCUGGUUUGUCUCGCUUCAGCUCUUGCUAGUCUACGUGUUCGAGUAUGUCAUCUCUGGCGGCGCCGCUGCAAAGGUGCUGACCAAGGCCGAUCAAGAUCGCGACAACUUUUGGUACGCCAAUUCGUACGCCAUUCUCGGCUUUUGCUACCAAGUCGGCGUCUUCAUUUCACGCUCAUCGCUCCAGGUCGUCAAGUUCCCGCGCGUUGAAAUCCUCACCGUCCUUCAGGGCUUGAACCUCAUCAUCUGGGUCGUGGACGACGUGUACAAGUUCAUCCCGCUCUGGGCGCUCCUGCCCAUGAUGAUUUUCGUCGGUCUCCUGGGUGGUGCGUCCUACGUGAACGUCUUCCACCUCGUGCUCACCGACGAGAACAUCCCGAACGAAGACCGCGAGCUGUGCAUCAACCUGGUCGCCUUCGGCAUCACCAUUGGCAUUACGCUGGGUUGCAGUCUAAUUUUGAUAUUCGACAACACGUUCUUGUCAAACGCCUAAUAGUUGUGAAUCUGAUAACAAGCAAUACAAAUAAUGAAAGUCAAAAAGCCA